AUGGUCGUGGUGGCAGAUCUCACGGUGGUGGCUCUCAAAGAAGCGUCGCCGGUCCCCCAGCUAUCUUCUCGUAUGGACUUCCUUCCAGAACGUGGAGCCUCUUCCAGAUGUUUGGAGCUGACCUUCUCAUCACUCUACAGUCACGGCCCGGGUGAUGUCGCCAUACUCGAUGUCAAGAAUAGAGAUCUUGAGAACGAGAUCGAGAAAACCGUCCUCAAGCCAUCCGCUUCUGAUCCCCGGCUCCCUGUCCGCCCUGGCUUUGGAACGCAAGGAUACAGAAUCCUGCUCUACGCGAACUACAUGCAUCUCGAUUGGGGCAAUGUCACGUUCUAUCGCUAUGCUCUCGAUUUCGCAGUACAGGGGACUCCUGGCAGACAGAUCAAAAAGAAAGACAAGCAGCGCUUGGUCACCCUGCUCAUUGAAGAAAAUUUCGCCCAAAACCGAUCUGGCAUCGUGACGGAUUUCACCUCUCUGAUCAUCAGCAACACGCAGCUCAAUCAGCAAUCGUACGAUGUCGUCUACAGGAGGGAGGGCGAAGACACUCCUGUUGCUACGGCCAGACGAUAUCGCAUUCGUCUGGUUCCUGAUGGCGCCAAUACUGCGUCAGAGCUGUUGACAUAUCUCACCUCGACCAACCCCAAUGAAGUCUGUCCUUCCAAAGACCGCACUAUUCAAGCGCUGAACAUUGUCAUGGGGCACAAUCCGAGGAGCUCUUCACGCGUCGCAUCUAUCGGAAGCAACAAACACUAUCCUAAAUGGCCUCUGGAAGCCGACAGAGCCUCCCUUGGUGCUGGACUCACGGUGAUCCGUGGUUUCUUCGUGAGCGUCAGACCUGCGACAGGACGCAUUCUAGUCAAUGUUCAAGUCAAAUGCUCUCCGUUCUACAAUCACGGCCCGCUUGUCAAUCUCAUCCAAGAUUUCCGAGCUUCACGCGACCCCAAGAAGCAGGAACUUCAUAGGUUUCUUAAAAGACUCACCGUGCACACUACUCAUACCUCUCCAAGGAAGGACGGUCAACCCAUCCCGCUUCCACGAGUCAUUUGUGGUCUUGCUACCAAGAAGGACGGCAAAUCGCUUCCCCAUCCACCUCGUGUCCUCGAAUUUGGCGCUGGAGCGCAGCAGAUACAAUUCUGGCUCGAUAGGGAGGGAAAAUACAUUACCGUCUUCGACUUCUUCCGACAGACCUACACGAAGGAAAUCAGCAAACAGUCUCCAGCGCUCUCAAACAUCUCUCACUAUGCAUCGAGAAAACAACAGGACAGUAAGAACCGAACUGCUGUUGUUCUUGGCGAGUCGAUGCGUUGCCGCCCCUAUUUAAACAAUCUCAUGAGCCAGGAAGAUAUUUUCAUUAUUCAAACAACUCUCACGGACGCAUGGUCUUGUCUCUGUAAGACGACCCGUGAGGCAGGCCUUCGAGUCUUGCGUUCAACUUCAAUUCACUCCCAAUCAAACAACUCUCACGGACGCUUGGUCUUGUCUCUGUAA